UGACUUGUAGCUGGAAGAAAUCAUCGGAUUUUUAUUCUUUUAUUAAAGAAAAAAAUUUUGAAAUGCCUUCCAUGUGCCAAGCACUGUGUAAGGUGGGAGACAACUACUCGGUGCAACCUCUGUCGGGCUGCUUUCCUCCGCUUUCCCUACCCCUAGGUUUCCCCCUGCCCAAACAGGAUUUUGUGCUUCGUGGCUUGUCCAGGCAAGCAGGCCGUCGCGGGACCUAGACCUAGACAGUAAGUCCCCCUCUCUUCCGGGCCUCCCUUCUCUUUCCUGCGCUGCAGGGGAGCAGGAAAUCUGGGGCGAGAUUCCCGCCGCGGACGCGCACUGCCGAAGCCAGGUCCCUCGACCUGUCGCUGCCCAGCGCGGGGGCGCAACCGCCACGCCUCCUCACCCCUCCCUCCGGCCUCACGAAUAAUGACGGCCGCCGCCCCUCCCACCCUUGGCGUCAAGUUCAAAACAAUCCUUUGACUACAACUCCCAGAAGGCCGAGCGGCUUAGCGAGUGCACCCGCUCUCGGCUAUUCCGGCAAACUACACGUCCCAAAGGGCAGCGUGCGACCGCGUGUCCUUUCAUAGCGCAAGUGCGGAACUGCGUUUGUUUCCGGCGUGGGUCUGGGCAAGAAGCGCUUGUAGUUUGGUUUAAGUUCUGCACUGGAGGACCUUCUGGGUUUACCUGUUGGGCUCCUGGCUGCGCAGGAGCAGCAGCUACACAGAAGAGAUGGGAGAAGAGGCUAAUGAUGACAAGAAGCCAACCACUAAAUUUGAACUAGAGCGAGAAACAGAACUUCGCUUUGAGGUGGAGGCAUCUCAGUCAGUUCAGUUGGAGUUGUUGACUGGCAUGGCAGAGAUCUUUGGCACAGAGCUGACCCGAAACAAGAAAUUCACCUUUGAUGCUGGUGCCAAGGUGGCUGUUUUCACUUGGCAUGGCUGUUCUGUGCAACUGAGCGGCCGCACUGAGGUGGCUUAUGUCUCCAAGGACACUCCUAUGUUGCUUUACCUCAACACUCACACAGCCUUGGAACAGAUGCGGAGGCAAGCGGAAAAGGAAGAAGAGCGAGGUCCCCGUGUGAUGGUAGUGGGCCCCACUGAUGUGGGCAAGUCUACAGUGUGUCGCCUUCUGCUCAACUAUGCAGUGCGUUUGGGCCGCCGUCCCACUUAUGUGGAGCUGGAUGUGGGCCAGGGUUCUGUGUCCAUCCCUGGUACCAUGGGGGCCCUCUACAUUGAGCGGCCUGCAGACGUGGAAGAGGGUUUCUCUAUCCAGGCCCCUCUGGUGUAUCAUUUUGGUUCCACCACUCCUGGCACCAACAUCAAGCUUUAUAAUAAGAUUACAUCUCGUUUAGCAGAUGUGUUCAACCAAAGGUGUGAGGUGAACCGAAGGGCAUCUGUGAGUGGCUGUGUCAUUAACACCUGUGGCUGGGUCAAGGGCUCUGGUUACCAGGCUCUGGUGCAUGCAGCCUCAGCUUUUGAGGUGGAUGUCGUUGUGGUUCUGGAUCAAGAACGACUGUACAACGAACUGAAACGGGACCUCCCCCACUUUGUACGCACCGUGCUGCUCCCUAAAUCUGGGGGUGUGGUGGAGCGCUCCAAGGACUUCCGGCGGGAAUGUAGGGAUGAGCGUAUCCGUGAGUAUUUUUAUGGAUUCCGAGGCUGUUUCUAUCCCCAUGCCUUCAAUGUCAAAUUUUCAGAUGUGAAAAUCUACAAAGUUGGGGCACCCACCAUCCCAGACUCCUGUUUACCUUUGGGCAUGUCUCAAGAGGAUAAUCAGCUCAAGCUAGUACCCGUCACUCCUGGGCGAGAUAUGGUGCACCACCUACUGAGUGUUAGCACUGCCGAGGGCACAGAGGAGAACCUGUCUGAGACGAGCGUAGCUGGCUUCAUUGUGGUGACCAGUGUGGACCUGGAGCAUCAGGUGUUUACUGUUCUGUCUCCAGCCCCCCGCCCACUGCCUAAGAACUUCCUUCUCAUCAUGGACAUCCGGUUCAUGGAUCUGAAGUAGAGAUCAGCAGGAAGCCUUGCUGCCUGGGACAGAGAUCUUCUGGCCACCCCUAGAGGCAGAUGGGCUGAGAUAAGAGACUCUGUUGGGGCCGCCUGACCAGUAAACUGUGGACUAGUAGAAGUUCAUAUUCUACCUCUAAAAACAGGUAGUGGUAACCUGACUCUUCUAAUCUGGAACCAAAAGGAAAACCAUGAGACUCUAACUGGUUGCUUAGACUACCUAAGAUGCCACUUUGAAUUCUCUAAGACCCUGGAGAAUUGCAUUUCUUUCACUGUGCUAGUUUGUGGUUUUUAAAAAUCAAUGCUUUAUAUUCCAUAUAGGGUUCUUACCCAUUUAUCUAGGAUGAAAGUGUGAAUUAGAGGGACUCUUUCCAAUAAAGUUCAAACUUAAAAAUCAUUUUAAUAAAUAUUUUUGCCAUGUCAUA